UCUCGAUGCGUCUUGAUGCGUGUUGGUUUCAAUUAACACGUCAAGUCGCGAAUCACGAAAAUUGGUGACUGCUUACUAGGUAGGGAAGCUCGAGGGAAGGUAGGGUUGGUAGGUAUUGGAGAGGCAGAUCUCGUACUAAAGACUUUAAUACAGUCCGUUCGCGUUUCUAUGGCUACCUACCCUGCCUUCCUGCCUAAAAAAAGAGAAAGUCGAAAUAAACAAAUCCCAUCCUACUUCAUUACGAGUAAUAAAAACAUCAAUCCUUUCCAAGUUCUUUCCUACAUAAUAAAACACCCUUUCUUAUAUCUUCCUUCACUUCACAUCCCAUCACCACUCUUCUGUACAUUCACCACACAUCUACACCAAAAACUUCAAGUCGAAGAAGAAAAAACUCCCAAAAGGUUCCCAAAAGAAUUUCUUUAUUCCUCUUCUCUUCUCUUCUCUUCUUCCAGAAAUACCCACCGUUUGCUCCUUUCCACACAAUUGCCAAUUGCCAAUUGCUUUCAGAUUGGCAUUUCUUUUUAUACAUUCCCCAUCGACUAAACCACCUUUUUACAAAUACUUCCCUCACUUAAUUGGAUUUUUGCAUUUCCUAUUCUUCCUUCAAAAAAUCCAAAAAAUAUCAUCAUCAUGAAUUACGCCAUGGAGGAUACACAGAACACUUCCCCAGGCGACGUACCACCUGCUCAAGCUGCCAAACUUGCUCCUCGUAAAGGUCCCGAUGCUCAGAGUACCACCAAACGUCUUCAAACCGAAUUAAUGCAACUCAUGACCUCUGCCGCCCCUGGUAUCUCCGCGUUCCCUUCCGCAGAUGGCAAUCUUCUUUCCUGGACCGCGACAAUCGAUGGGCCAGAUGAUACUCCAUAUGCGUCUAAGAAAUUCAAGUUAUCUUUUGCGUUUCCAUCCAACUAUCCUUAUGCACCACCAACCGUUCUCUUCAAGACUCCUAUCUAUCAUCCCAAUGUCGAUUUCUCUGGAAGGAUUUGCUUGGAUAUUUUGAAGGAUAAGUGGACCGCCGCUUAUAAUAUUCAAACGGUGUUGUUGAGUUUGCAGAGUCUCUUGGGCGAACCUAAUAAUGCAUCACCAUUAAACGGCGAAGCCGCAGAGCUAUGGGACAAAACCCCCGAGGAGUUCCAAAAGAAAGUUAAUGGUCGUCACCAAGAUAUUGAUGACGAAUAGGUUUUAGGGGGAGGAGGAGUAAAAAACAUCGUCAUUCAGAUACCCGGCGUCAAUAUGUUUAUGAAUUGGAGAUUGUGCAUAAUGGACUUUGGUCUAUGCCUCGGCUCGGGCAUUGGGUUAUUGCUGGAUUCUCAGGAUAGUACAGGAGGGCGUAGUCCUAUUGGGACUUCGAAAGUUGUAUCCUUAUUUUGGACCUUCAAUCAAUACAAACGAACGCAUUAUUAAAUAUUU